AUGGUGUUGGACAAACUUCGCGCCAAGCUUCAUAUUCGUAAUGAACUUUUGCGCGCCGCGUUGGCCGAGUUCGCCGGAACAUUCUUGCUUUGCGUAAGUUACCCAAAAACAUUUUUGAAAAGUGCAACUUUCACAAAAAAAACGAAAACAUAUUUGUCCAAAUACAGCUUGUUUUCUCUCUCUUUUCUCAGUUUUCAUGACAUUAUUGUUGUUGACAUACAAUCAGAUUUUCGUUGAUUUUUUAUUAUUUGGAUUGAGAAAAAACAAAUAAACAAGUGUGAGAUUGAUACCCUUGUUGUUAUUUUUUUUCCAAUCGUUCACACUAAAAAGCAGAAAAAAGAUAAGAAAGCCAUCGAGUGUCACGCAAAAAGAAGAAGUCACUGGGGAAUAAUGACAUCCGCUUCAUCGUUUUUGUUUGACUUGAACACCCGAAAUAUGUACAUAGAAUGGACUUAAAAUUAGAGAAUUUCAAAACUUUUUUUGCAGUUGAUCGGUUUGUCGGUUGUCGCUCAAAGCGUUUUGCCAAACGGCAACAAGAAUGAAAUGAUCGGAGUAAAUAUUGGUUUCGGAAUUGCUAUCGUUUUCGGUGUUGCCAUUUCAGCCAAACUCUCCGGAGGACAUAUCAAUCCAGCUGUUUCCCUUGCUUUCUUGUCUGUUGGACAAUUGAAACCAGUCAAGUUCGUUCUCUACGUUAUUGCCCAAUUCUUCGGAGCUUUCUUGGGAGCCGCUGUCACCUAUGUUAUCUACAAUGAUGCCAUCCAUGCUUUCGAUAAGGACCGUACUAUCGUUGGAGCCAAGGCCACCGCCGGAAUCUUCGCUUCAUACCCAGCUGCUCAUCUUUCCCUCUGCAACGGAUUCUUGGAUCAAGUGAGUUUUUGGAGAAAACAUAUGGGUGCAAAUUAGGUGCAUUUAGAAUGCAUUUAAAUGCAUUUAGUGAAAAUGAAUUUAAAAUGCAAAAGUCCAUAUGUUCCUAUAAAUAAUUUUCUAAUUUCAGCUUAUUGCCACCGCUGUCUUCGUUUUCUUGAUUGCUCACAUCGUCGACAAACGCAACUCCUACCCAACAUGGCUUCAACCAAUCCUUGUCGGAACUGCUUUCGUCGGAAUCGGAGCCGCCUUCGGACUCAACGCCGGAUAUCCAGUCAACCCAGCUCGUGACUUCGGACCAAGACUCUUCACCGCUAUCUUCUACGGAGGAAAUGUUUUCACGUAAGUUUCAAAUGAGACAUGGGGAAAGAAAAGGAGGGGUGUUUUUUUCUUGACGAUGAUGGGGAAAGGAGGAAAACGACAGCCAUAAACUCAUUUCGCGGUCAUUUCUUGCCUUUUUUAUUUGAAGGACGGUUUCAAAUUGACACACUAUUGUUUCAUACCAAUUUAGAGAGAGAGAGAGAGAGGUCAUUUCUAUUGAAAAAUCAAAAAUAUGCGGUCGGGACUCAUUUUUGUUGUUUGAUCAUAUAACGAGAGUACAUCAUCAUUUAUUUAAUUCGCCUCGAUGCGCAUUAGGAAUUCGGACAUUCAUAAAUAUCUAAAAACAAUAUUAAAUAGGCCUAAAACAAGAAGAAAAGCGGGAAGUUAAGAAACAUUUUGAAUGCACUGUUCAUCUGGGUCUUCUCGAAGUCAUCUAGAAUUUUUAUUUUGCAGUAAAUGGUUCUGGGUUCCAAUUGUUGGUCCAUUCGUCGGAGGAAUCGUCGGAAUCUGGUUGUACUACUUCUUCAUCGGAUUCCACACUCCACAAGACGCUGAAGAGAAAUACGUUGUUUUGACCGGCAACCAAGAAUUGAAACCAUUGACCGGAAAAGAGUGAGUUUUUUGGGGUGAAAUGAAUUUGAGUUGUAUUUUAUUUUACAGCGGAAUCAACUAAAAAACAAUAAACGUAAGAGUCUUCUUUCUAUUUUUAUGCAUAACCAUACAUAGAUAGAUAUAUAGAUAGUAAUAAAUAGAAUAGUAUUGCAUGCUAUCAUAUUUCUUCCUUUUUUACUCAAUUUCUCGAAUGCAAAAAACAACCAAUCUAUUUUUUCAGCGCCGAAGAGACUGCAUAA